CAUGGAAUUAGAAUUUAGGUUAUGGUUUUAAAUGUUAAAGUUCGUUAUUUAAAAAAGUAAAAAUUUUAUCACAUUUAAGAUUUAACGGUUACACCUAAUAGAGUUUGUCAAUUUUUAUUAGAAUAUUUUAUAAUUAUUACAUCAAGUUCUUCUGAAAAACCAAUUUAAUGUUAAUUUAAAUUUUAUUGAGUGGUACUACUUUGGACUAAUGACCUCCAAGUUAAAUAUUAUCUGUUUGAUAAUCAUACAGAUAAUAUGUCUUUCAAUGGUAACAUUAACAAGUGCACAUGUACAACCAUAUAGUAAGUUUCUAUCUAUAUACAUUUAUAUAGUUUACAGAUUGUCUAUUACUUAACUAGUAUUAUAAUUCAAAAUGAGAAUAUAAAUUAAUGCUAAUGGUUUUACUACGCAGAUUAAUAAUUGAUCAACAAUGUUUUUUAUCUUCAAUCUUUUUCUAUCAUUUGGUUUCUCACCAUAACAUUAAAAUAUAUAUUUUUAUAGCAAUUUAAACAAAUUCUGACAAUAAAAGCUUACUAAUAAAAACUUAUAUGUUUACAGCUCAAUUUCAGUGUUUUAAAUGUUUACAGUUUUGAUUUAGCAAUGAUCUUAAUAAUUGAAGUAAAUAUUAUAAAAAAAAUAUAUGAUCUAGUUAAAUAUUUUAUUUUUUAUUUUUUUUUAUUUUCAUCUCUUCAAAAAUUGUUGGCAUUUAUUCAAUAUUUACUGCCAGAAAUAUUAUUAUUAUACAAUUUGAAUAGGUACAAAAACAAAUACGAAUUGUUAUAUCCUAACUGCAUAGUCUGUGCCAACUAAAGUUGAUAAAGGGGUGUGAUUAAACAUUCACAAAUACUAAAUUUUUUUUAAAAAAUAUUUUACCCAUUAUUUUAUCCUUUGAUAAAUAAUAAUAAAUAAAUACUUGAAUAAUAAUAAUAAUAUAAUGAAGAAGUGGUACAUAACAUAAUACAAAAAAAAAAAAACAGAAAAAUUAUAAAUUUUGUCAUUUUUAAAAUAUAACUGUUCUUAAAUUAACAAUUUAUUUGUCUGCAUUACCAAGAUUAGUGGAGAUGUCACACAACCUCCCGUGUACCUCCUAUUAUUGGCUCUCUGAGUGUGCUAUAUAGUUUUAUCCAGGAGUUUAUUUUCUGUAAAUGUAUAACUAAAAUUACUUUGAUCUCAUAAUUUUCAGUAGCAUAAGUACUUUAUUUCCCCAGUAUUAUUAUAAAGAUUAAUUAUAAUUAUCAAAGUUGUAACAUACAAUACAAUGUAAUGUAGAAUAUAUAUUAUAUAUAUAAUACUGUAAAUUGUAUAAAUUAUUACAACUUAUACACCUAUAUCUACCUAAUAUAAAUUAUAAUUCAUUAGAUAUCCCAAAAUGGUUAAUUUCACCUGGUACAUACUAUGCAUUAUUUAAUAUUGUAUAAUGAUAAAAAAAAAAUUAGCUCGAGACAAAUAUUGAUCAUUAAAUUGUAUUUAAAUAGAAUACGAAAUAGCAAAUAGUGUAUGUUUUAUGUGUGUAUAUUAUAAUCUCAGAAUUAAUUAUUGUAUAUGUUUGUAUUGAAGCAGGUAAAGUUUAUCAAGUAAAUGCAGAUGAUGCAAAAAUAUGCUGUUCUACAGAGGAAAAAAAUCAAGCACUUCCCCCAAUAUAUUGUUUUCCUGGCAGUGAGAAAAGUUUGAUUUAUGUUUUUCAAACAGUUACAGUAUGUUUAGUAAUUUUUUUGAAAAUGAAAAAUUUAAUAUCAAUCAUUUUAUUUUAUUUAUUAUACAGGUAGAUAUAAUAAUUGGAAAGACAGAUGACUUUACAGUGUAUCAAUCCCCUGAUCAACAUGAACUUGAAAACCAAAUACUAUCUGACGUAGCUACGUUGUCAUUCAACAAAAUAAUAUCAUAUUUUUGGAAACGAAAAUAUUUUAAAUUGGAUCCUUUUCAACCAUCUUGUUUUAGUAUUGUAACAAAUAAUGAUUUUGAAAUUAGAAUUAAUUCCAAUAGUAAGUACUACCAUUUUAUAUAUUGUUUUGUGUAUACAUGUUCAAGUACUUAAAAUCUAUAUAUUAUAUUGGAUCAUAUUUGUAAGCAAAUAUUUUCCUUGAAUCUUAGUAGUAUAUUUUCUGUAUUAUUAUUUUUUUUUUUUCUAGCAUUGGAUAUUAAAUUAUUGGCUAUGUUUUUGGUUGGUGUUUUAUUGUUUGGAUAUUCAGCCCGAUUGAGUCAUAACUCGGCAUUUUACUAUUUAUGUGGAAUCACUAUUGGUGUUUCAGCGUCUUUUAUAAUAGUUUUAUUUUUAAUUGGUCGUUUGAUUCCUAAAGUAUGGACGUAUAAUAAUUUAUUGUAAUGUUUAAUGGUAUUAAUGAUAGUAUUAUAAUUAAAAUUUAUGUUUAGAAAAAAUUAAUGCUGGGAUUUGUUGGAGGAAGUCUUUGGUUGAGUCUUUAUGUUAUGCAAAUGUUAAUUGAAAAUCUCAAUAUUAUCUUGAUAUUAUAUUACAAGUAUAUAUUGGGAUAUUUUGGGUUCUCCGUAUUGGUCAGUUUUGUUGUUUGCUAUAGAUAUGGACCAGUGACAAAUCCAAGAUCCAAAGACCUUAUAAGAUGGACAUUGCAGGUAUUAUUAUACUAUAUCUUAGGCAAAUUGCAAAUUAUUUAUAACAUAAUGUAUUGUAUUACAGUUAAUUGGUUUGAGUCUCAUUACAUUAAGUAGUUUUCAUUUAGAAGCUAUGGUUUUUGUAGAUAUGUUGAGUGUUUUAUUUUACUACAGUAAAUUGUCUUUACCUUUUAGGCAAGUAAGCAAUUUAAAUAAAGAAAUACUUAUAGGAAUAUAAAUAAUAAUUGUUGUAUUACAGGUUGUUACCUAAAAGAAAACCAAAAUUACAACUUUUGUCUGAAGAUGAGUAUAUACAGCAAGCAAUAAUUGAAACACCUAAGGCUCUAGAAGAACUGAAAAAUUAUUGUAAUAGCCCUGAUUGUGAUACAUGGAAGAUAAUAAGCAGACUUCGUGACCCAAAAAAGUAAUUUAACAAAUUAGAUCAUAUAAUAUUUAUAAACAUUUAAAAUUAAUUUUCAAAAAUGUUUUAGAUUUGCCAAAUUCAUGAAUACAUCUGAGCAUAUUAGCCCAGAUGCAGUUACAGAACAUGAAAACGAAACGGAUGACAAUAAUAUAGCAGAAAAUGAAAGUGAUGAUAGUAAUGAAGAUGAUAUUAAACAAAUAGAAUAUACAAGUGAUAGCGAAUAAA